AUGAGCGGUUCAAGACCUGAGUGUCACGUAGCACAGGAAAUUCGGCGUGAGAAAUUGAGAAUCCAUAACAGUUCGCAGCAUUUACACGAAUUCCCUAGCAAUCUGGAACAGUUAUCGUUACACCCGGGGUUUAACUUGGGUCUUGUUGAAGUGAGGAAUGUUAGAAAUGCCAACAUGCUUGAUGAACCUGAGCCUGCUGUUUUUUCCUCAGAAAUGCCAAACUUUUCGACGGCUUCGAACCCUUUGGGUGCUCCAAGGAACGCGUUGGAGUAUCAUCAAGAACUAGGUGCAGCUGAACCGAGUAGUAGGCUAAUGAUGAAUAAUCAAUAUGGUUCAUUUCCCCAUUCCAUCUCUGCUAUUCAUUCUUCCCAAAAAGAACAGUGUGAACUUCGUAAUUUUGGAAAUUGGAGGAACAGUGCCUCCCAUCAAGGUUCUGAUUGGUUCGUAAAUUAUGCGAGCAGUUCUCUUGUCAAUGGAAGCAAUGCGAUUGCUAACUCUUUUUUGGUUUCUGAGCUCGACAAUGUGGCUGGUUACAAUGAACUUAAUGUACAGUUUGGCAAUGCAUCUGAUGAAAUGGGUGGUACAGAAAUUCAUAAGCAAUUAGGUGGGUCGCAGAAUCCUCCUCCUUCUUCAUCUCCGUUGUUUCAAAAUGCUUUGCAAGAUAUUGUGAAAUCAGCUUCUAUCAGUGCCCACGGGCAAGACAUGGCUUCCCUGACGCAACAAAAUGGUCACGGCGUUUGGGUGGGGAAUGCGAGCGGAGUUGAGAUUCAACCAAGUUAUGUAAAUCAGCCAAAUCAGUUGCGUUUUGGGUGGACAAAUCGAACAAUUGACAAUACUAUGAUGAAUGAUUCAAAUCCUCAAAGCUUAUCCUUGUCACUUUCCUCGAACGCACAAUCCAAGCCUUCUGUUUCUCAGAUUGAAGAAAGGUCUGCAUCAGAUGACCUUCAAUCUGGGUGUGGCAAUAUUUCAAAGGAUCCUCAAUGUUUGAAGCAUAUGAAAUCUAUUGUGAAGCCAUCUAUGAUUUCUAGAGAUUGUGGGAAAUCAUUAUUUCAAGACACGGUGGGGAUGCAUUCAAAGAGUACUAGUUAUAGAAAUGUGGGUCCCCUUGGUCCUUUCACCGGGUAUGCUACUAUUCUGAAGAAUUCAAGGUUCUUAAAGUCUGCUCAACAGUUGUUAGAUGAGAUUUGUUGUUUUUCUGAUUCAAAAUUAGCGAAAGCAUGUGAUGUUUCAGAGAGAGUCUAUGGAGAAGUUAGUGCUUCUACUUCUAUUGAUACUGUAACUGUGAAUGAAACUGGGGUUACUGCAAUAGGUUGCAAUUCAGGUUCUUCACCGUCUAUGUUGUAUAUAUCAAAGGAAAAUAGAGCUGUUUGGGGAGUUGGAAGUAGCUUUGGCCUUUCUUCGCGGCUGGAUUAUCAACAAAAGAAAGCAAAGCUUCUGUACAUGCAAGAGGAGGUUACCAGGCAAUGCAAGCAGUACCAUCAACAAAUGCAAAUGGUUGUUUCAUCCUUUGAAUCAGUAGCGGGUCUCAGUUCUGCUACCCCUUACAUAUCCUUGGCUCUCAAAUCAGUGUCAAAGCACUUCAAGUGCCUAAAACAUUCUAUCUCAGAACAACUCAAACUUAUAAGCGAAGUGUUAGGAGAGGAUUCUUCAAUACCCAAAACAAGUACAAGUAGUAAAGGUGACACUAAUGUGGCAAGGCUAAGAUGCAUGGACCAAAGCUUUCAAAAGAGCAAAUGUGGGAGGGGUACUACAGACUUUCUUGAACCACAACAGCAUGUGUGGAGGCCCCAAAGAGGCUUACCAGAACGUGCAGUGGCAAUUCUUAAAGCUUGGCUAUUCGAGCAUUUCCUUCAUCCUUACCCUACAGACACUGAUAAACACAUGCUAGCAACUCAAACAGGUCUUUCACGAAACCAGGUAUCAAAUUGGUUCAUAAAUGCUAGAGUCCGCGUGUGGAAGCCGAUGGUUGAGGAAAUACACAUGCUUGAAACAAAAGUAACAGGCCCCAAGGAGAACAGUAAUGAAAACGUUCAAACUACUAGCACUGAAGGUGAUACCAGCCAGCCAAGAGUGGAUAAGCCUUUGAGCAAGUUUUGUGGUAUGAAUCCAGUACCUGAAAACCAGUUUCCGAGUUUGGAAAUGAGCUCAUCCAUAGCUACCAAUACAGAAGAAGAAUGGAGUCAAGAGAAACGGUCAAAAUUGGAAUGCCAAGUGACAUCAAACAUUGAUGGUACAAUGAUGGGUUUUAUCCCAUAUCGACGUGGUGGACUUGAGGUUGGGGGAAUUGGGUCUGUGUCACUAACACUGGGUCUUACGCAUGGCGUUGAAGGUGUACAACACCAACAACAAUUGCAAGAGGAGCAUCUUAGACAUCACCUUGGAGGGCACAUGAUACAUGACUUUGUAGGCUGA